AUGGCAGAACCAACCUCGGAGCAAAUAACACCGGAGUCACUCACCAGCAAACUGCAACAAAGCCUGCAGACGACGCAUGUCUCGAUUCAAGACAUGUCAGGCGGAUGUGGACAGGCAUUCACCGCCGUGAUCGUGUCGCCCGACUUCGAGAAGAAGACCCUAUUGGCGCGCCAUCGCCUCGUCAACGGCGCCCUGAAGGACGAGAUCGCUGCCAUCCACGCGUGGACCCCCAAGUGUUUGACGCCUGAGCAGUGGGCGAAGGAGAAAGAGCGCGAGGACUGA